AAACUUACUUAUAAUUGACAUUUCUUAGAUUAAAUCAGUUAUUGAUUUUACAGGAGUAAUAUAAGAAUGGGAAGAGUUCAGGUGGUCGGUUGGUUACUUGUGCUGCUGGGUAAUGUUGUACGAGGUGACGUUGUGUGUAUGCAAUGUGAUCAAGCUGUAGAUAUCGACACAUGUCUGUCUUCAGGGACGAUCAAAUGUGGUCCUCAGGAGCGAUGCUUUCUAGAAAAAGUAACCACCAAAAACCUGAAAUCUGUGUAUAAUGCUGGAUGCAGAUCAGCAGUGGUAUGUAAUAUCAUGACAACCUUGGGCGGCGGCAACGGUCGUCGAGAUUUGUCCCGUCCGUCACGUGAGCUCGUGAACUGUGCUCAGUGUUGUAAUACAGUUCCUGGAGUGGCUUCAAAGGGCCCGUGUAACUCGGAACUUUGUGGAGCAAGUCCAACUGUGGACAAUAGUAUCCGCUGCCUGGACUGUGAUCACCUAGUAUCCGGAGCUGCUGCCUGUGUUGGCAGAGAUGUUUGCACCGAUACGCAGGUGUGCGCUACAUCAAUUCAUGUUCUGGGAGGAACUCAGAUCAAAUACAACUACCGAUGCGAGGAGAAGCAUCUUUGUGAAGGUAUGAUUAAGAACGGUCUUCAGAGUCGUGCAUCAGACGCUACCGGGGUUAAGAUAUGUGACGCCUGCUGCAAGGACACCGAAUGUAACAAGCGUGAUUGUUUUGAGCUGAGGAAAUUAAUGCCGGCGCUAUUUAGUAAUGGAACUGCAACUACAACAAAACCCACCACCCCUGCUCCAACGGCGAAACCAACUACAACUCCAACAACUCCAGCGCCAACUACAACUCCAACAACUCCAGCACCAACUACAACUCCAACAACUCCAGCACCAACUACAACACCCACAACUCAAGCGCCAACUACAACUCCAACAACUCAAGCACCAACUACAAAUCCCUCAACUCCAGCGCCAACUACAACUCCAACAACUCCAGCGCCAACUACAACUCCAACAACUCAAGCACCAACUACAACUCCAACAACUCCAGCGCCAACUACAACUCCAACAACCCAAGCACCAACUACAACUCCAACAACUCAAGCACCAACUACAACUCCAACAACUCCAGCGCCAACUACAACUCCAACAACUCCAGCGCCAACUACAACUCCAACAACUCAAGCACCAACUACAACUCCAACAACUCCAGCACCAACUACAACUCCAACAACUCAAGCACCAACUACAACUCCAACAACUCCAGCACCAACUACAACUCCAACAACUCCAGCGCCAACCACUCCCCUAACAUCUAAACUAACUCCGCCAUCAACGAAAAGUCCGGGGUCAAGUUCAGCGCCAUCAGGUGGCAGUUCAAGAAGACCUUCAACGUUUGCGCCUAAUUUUACAGUCAUUUAAAUGAUACUGUCAUAAUGUCAUUAUUUUGUCAAAAUAAAGAAUACAAUGUAUGUUGGAUGACCUUAUUUACGUAAGUCCUAAUGUGGUUAAGAACAACCUCGUGCAGUUUGCACACCUCCUAUCAAAACAAUAUUUGAUGAAAAACUCAGACAUAUGAAAAGACGCAAAAAUACAGUUGAAAUGAUGUCGACGAUCUCCGGAGAUACAGAAAUGCGAGAUAACGGGGGUUUACAGACUUCCUUUUAUCCUCAAAGGUCAUUUGAGUUUUAUUUUCGGUGUAUUUUAUAAUGCAAAUGGAGUGUAAAAUAGGACAAAAAUAAAGUCGGACUUAACUUAA